AUGCGCUACGACCCGCUUACGACGCCUUACGCGGGUCGUCCCCGCACCGUCCACCGUGCUUCCAGGGCCUCUCUCUCCACCUCCAUCCGCCGCUUCCCCCCCUUCUCCCACUCUAGGUCGGGCACUCCCGCCGUCUCUCCUGCCUGCUCCCCCGCCGUCGCCCCCCUCUUUCCUGGUCCACCUCCCCGCGUUGUCGUUUCCGCGACCCCUCCGCCCCUUCCUGGUUCGACAGUGCCGUUUCCUCCAUCCCUGCUUUUUCAACCACCUUCUACCCCCCUCAACUCCCCUCUACCCCUCUCUACCCUUCUUUGCUCUGUUCUCCGCUGUCGUCCGCUCCCGCGCGCGUCCCGUCCGGGGUUCACUUUAAGCCCCACGCGCAUUGUUUCCCAUUCCUCCACGUUACUCCCCCCUCGCUCAGCCCCCCGCUUUCCCCCUCCUCGCCGCCCCCGCUUUCCUCCUUUCCGCCUCCCCGCCUUUCCCCAUCCUCGCACCACCUUGCGCAUCAACGCCUCGCCGCGUCCUUCGCUGCCCGCGAUCUCCCUCCCGUGCGUUGCUCCUUCUCUCGUUGCCUCCUCCGCGCUUCCCUCCUCCGUGCUUCCCGCUUCCUCGCUUCCCUCUUCCGCGCUUCUCCCCUCCGCACUUCCCUCCUCCGCGCGCCGCUCCUCCGCGCAUUUGCCUCGAUCGUUGCUGCUUUCAGAUCCGUCCACGUGGCAUACAUUUCCAUGUAGUGCAGCAACUCUCUCCUCCCUGCACACAACUAAUGUCUUUCUCCUCCCUUCUCCCCCACCCCUCCUCCCUCCCCUCUCUCCCCCACAUCCCUCCUUCCAUCUCCUCCCGUCCCCUUCCCCAUCAACAGUAUCAGCGCUCACGUCACUGUCUGACGUCACCAUCCUCCUCCCGCUCUCCCCCGAGGUCCUCUCCUUCAUGAGAACCGCCUUCUCCCCGGCCAAGCGAGAUCAAAUCCUCGCCUUCCACGUCAUCACCAAACGCUACUCCUACGUCAAUCUCACCACCCUCCCGGGCGGCACCGAGCUGGAAACUCUUGAAGGGAUGCCGCUGAUUAAACGAGGGCCGAAUUUUCAACCGCUGACGCUCUUUCAAGGGCGGGAACUCAGCCCUGUGCUGGACGCUGCAUUGGUACAGCAGCCACACUGCACGGGUAAGUAUCAACAACCUGGCAGCAACACGUCCCUGUAG